AUGGCACAAGCAGGUCCGAUAACGGACGUCACUCAGAGGCUCUUCACUGAACUGAAGUCCAAGAACGAGGAGACACGAGUGAGAGCUUCAUUCGAGCUAUACGACAACGUUGUCGCGGUCUCUCGAGAUUGGCCUCCUGAAAAGUUCCUUGAAUUUUACAAUGCAGUCAGUCAGCGCAUCGCACAUCUCGUCGUGACCGGUAGCGACGCACAUGAGAGAAUCGGCGGAUUACUGGCUCUUGACCGAUUAAUUGGCUUUGAUGGCGUGGACGCAGCGCAGAAAACUACCCGGUUCGCUAGUUACUUACGCAACGCCCUCCGCAGUAAUGACAAUGCAGUAUUGGUGUAUGCUGCUAGGUCACUUGGCCGUUUGGCCAAACCGGGCGGAGCUCUCACAGCGGAGCUUGUCGAGAGCGAGAUACAGUCGGCCCUAGAGUGGUUACAGUCUGAGCGGCAAGAAAAUCGACGAUUCGCUGCUGUCCUUGUUAUCCGGGAACUUGCGAAGGGAUCACCCACGCUUCUUUAUGGAUUUGUUCCUCAGAUUUUCGAGCUUAUCUGGGUUGCGCUUCGGGAUCCUAAGGUGCUAAUUCGCGAAACGGCGGCGGAGGCAGUUAGUGAAUGCUUUGAAAUAAUUGCCGCACGAGACAUGCAAGUCCGUCAGUCGUGGUUCACCCGGAUAUACGAGGAGGCGCUUCAGGGCCUCAAAUCAAAUAAUGUGGACUGGAUCCAUGGAUCUCUCUUAGUCCUGAAAGAACUUCUUCUGAAAGGUUCCAUGUUCAUGAGCGAGCGUUAUCGCAACGCGUGCGAGAUAAUUCUCCGUCUCAAGGACCACCGGGAUCCUAAGAUUCGUACCCAAGUUGUGCUCACCAUUCCUAUCCUCGCAUUUUAUGCCCCCGACGAAUUUACAGAUACAUAUCUGCAUCGAUUUAUGGUAUAUCUGCAAGCACAACUCAAACGGGACAAGGAACGAAAUGCGGCUUUCAUAGCAAUCGGAAAAAUUGCCAAUGCCGUACACGGGGCGAUUGCACAAUACCUCGAUGGAAUCAUUAUCUAUAUCAGAGAGGGGCUGGCAAUGAAGGCGCGAAAUAGAGCCGCCAUCAAUGAAGCGCCGAUGUUUGAAUGCAUCAGCAUGCUGUCAUUAGCUGUCGGACAGACGCUUAACAAAUAUAUGGAAGGGCUACUCGAUCCGAUAUUUGCAUGUGGACUGAGCGAGUCGCUGACUCAGGCCCUUAAUGUCAUGGCGCACUAUAUUCCACCGAUCAAACCUAUUAUCCAAGAGAAGCUCCUAGACAUGUUGAGCAUCAUCCUCUGUGGAACACCGUUCCGGCCGCUAGGAUGCCCGGAGAAUAGGUUGCCGCCGAUGCCAUCCUUUGCCAAAGAUUUUACUCCUCAAGAGUUGCAUUCUGAUGCCGAGAUUGCGCUGGCUCUUCACACACUGGGCAGCUUUGAUUUCUCGGGUCACAUUCUAAACGAAUUCGUACGCGAUGUUGCAAUUAACUAUGUGGAGAAUGACAACCCAGAGAUUCGAAAAGCCUCAGCACUUACCUGCUGCCAGCUGUUCGUUCAUGAUCCGAUUAUCAACCAGACUAGCACACACUCGAUUCAAGUUGUAAGUGAAGUCAUUGACAAGCUUCUAACAGUCGGCGUCGGUGACCCGGAUCCGGAAAUUCGGCGCACGGUUUUGUUGUCGUUAGACCACAAGUUUGAUCGUCAUUUGGCCCGGCCUGAAAAUAUCCGAUGCCUCUUUUUGGCAGUUAACGAUGAGGCAUUUGCGGUCAGAGAAGCUGCAAUAUGCAUCAUUGGACGCCUCUCAAGCGUUAACCCUGCUUAUGUGUUUCCACCUUUGCGGAAGCUACUGGUCAAUCUUUUGACUGGCCUUGGAUUUGCAAGCACGGCCCGUCAGAAAGAAGAGAGCGCUCAGCUUAUUAGCUUGUUUGUUGCAAAUGCGACGAAACUUAUCAGGUCAUACGUUGACCCAAUAAUGACCUCUUUAUUACCGAAGGCGGCGGAUACCAACCCUGGCGUUGCGGCGACUACGUUGAAGGCUGUCGGGGAGCUUGCGAACGUUGGCGGAGCUGAAAUGAAUGUGUAUCUGCCCCAGCUCAUGCCGGUUAUCUUAGACUCGCUUCAGGAUCUUUCGUCUCAUGCUAAGCGGGAGGCAGCGCUACGAACCCUAGGUCAGCUAGCCAGCAAUUCCGGAUAUGUUAUUGACCCAUACAUUGAACAUCCUCAUCUUCUUGCUGUGCUUAUCAAUAUCAUCAAGACUGAGCAGACGGGAUCUCUGCGAAAGGAGACUAUUAAGUUACUGGGAACGCUUGGUGCCCUCGAUCCCUACAAGUACCAGCAAAUCAGUGAAACAGCCCCAGAUAUUCAUCAUAUAAAUGAGGUGCAAACAGUGUCUGAUGUUGCCCUUAUUAUGCAAGGGUUGACCCCCUCGAAUGAAGAGUAUUACCCUACCGUUGUUAUCAAUACACUUCUGCAGAAUAUCCUGCGAGAAAACUCCUUGGCUCAAUAUCAUUCUGCCGUUAUUGACGCAAUAGUCACUAUCUUCAAGACCCUGGGAUUGAAGUGUGUGCCGUUUCUUGGGCAAAUCAUUCCGGGUUUCAUCGCAGUAAUUAGGGGCUCUCCUGUCGGCCGUCUAGAACCUUACUUCAACCAGCUGGCUAUUCUAGUCAACAUUGUGAGGCAACAUAUUCGCGCCUUUCUCCCAGAGAUAAUUGAUGUCAUUCGUGAGUUCUGGGACGCAUCGUACCAGGUUCAGGCGACAAUAAUUUCUCUCAUUGAGGCUAUCGCCAAGUCUUUGGAAGGCGAGUUCAAAAAGUAUCUUGCAGGCAUUAUCCCUCUUAUGCUAGAUACUCUCGAACAAGACACUACUCCUCGUCGGCAACCGUCAGAACGAAUUCUUCAUUCAUUCUUAAUAUUUGGAACAAGUGGAGAGGAGUACAUGCAUCUUAUCGUUCCGUCUAUCGUCCGCUUGUUCGACCGCCCGCAAAACCCACAGAGCAUCCGGAAGUCUGCCAUCGAUAGUCUCGCACGGUUGUCCCGGCAGGUCAAUGUUUCUGAUUUCGCAUCGCUGAUGGUUCAUUCUCUAUCAAGAAUUGUUGCCAGCAAUGAUCGUGUCUUGAGGCAAGCGGCCAUGGACUGUAUCUGUGCUCUCAUUUCUCAACUCGGUCAAGACUUCAACCACUACAUACAUCUCAUCAACAAAGUCAUCAAGCAUCAUCCGAUUAGCCACCCUAACUACCAAAUGCUAGUUGGAAAACUGCAAAAGGGAGACCCGCUCCCCCAAGACUUGAACCCCGAUGACAAUUACGGAUCGCUGACUGAUGAUACUAAUUACGCCGAAAUCGGUCAAAAGAAGAUGGCCGUUAAUCAACAGCACCUUAAGAACGCAUGGGAUGCCUCUCAAAAGUCCACCCGUGAGGAUUGGCAGGAAUGGAUACGUCGCUUCAGCGUCGAAUUGCUGAAGGAGUCGCCAUCCCCAGCCCUUCGUGCAUGUGCCAGUUUGGCUGGAAUUUACCAACCGCUUGCGCGCGAUCUCUUCAAUGCUGCGUUUGUGUCCUGCUGGACGGAACUGUAUGAUCAAUACCAAGAGGAGUUGGUGCGGUCCAUUGAGAGAGCGCUCACCUCGCCAAAUAUACCCCCCGAGAUACUGCAAAUUCUCCUCAAUCUCGCUGAGUUCAUGGAGCAUGAUGACAAGGCUCUCCCAAUCGAUAUCCGGACUCUCGGCAAGUACGCUGGUAAAUGUCACGCCUUCGCGAAGGCACUCCACUAUAAGGAGCUUGAAUUUGAGCAAGACCAGAAUUCCGGUGCAGUUGAGGCACUGAUCACUAUUAACAACCAGCUCCAACAGUCCGAUGCUGCUAUCGGCAUUCUCCGCAAAGCUCAAGCCUACCGUGAUGUCGAACUAAAGGAGACAUGGUUCGAAAAGCUUCAACGCUGGGAAGAAGCCCUUGCUGCCUACCGCCGUCGUGAGAAAGUCGAUCCGGAUUCUUUUGGGAUUACCAUGGGUAAGAUGCGAUGUUUGCACGCUCUUGGAGAAUGGAAGGUACUGUCCGACCUCGCCCAGGAGAAAUGGAACCAAGCUUCCCUGGAACAUCGGAGGGCCAUCGCUCCACUAGCGGCAGCAGCAGCCUGGGGCCGAGGUCAGUGGGAACUUAUGGAUUCCUAUCUUAGCGUGAUGAAAGAACAGACACCUGAUCGGUCCUUUUUCGGCGCUAUCCUCGCAAUUCAUAGGAACCAGUUCGAAGAAGCUACUACGUACAUUGAGAAGGCGCGAAAUGGACUUGACACUGAACUGUCCGCCUUGCUUGGAGAAUCGUACAACCGUGCCUACAAUGUCGUUGUCCGUGUGCAGAUGCUUGCCGAACUUGAGGAGAUUAUCAAGUAUAAACAAAACGUUGGUGAUCCCGAAAAGCAGGAAGCUAUGCGUAAAACAUGGAACAAACGAUUGCUCGGGUGCCAGCAAAAUGUGGAAGUAUGGCAGCGCAUGCUCAAAGUUAGAGCGCUCGUCACCUCGUCCCGAGAGAACCUCGACAUGUGGAUCAAAUUCGCCAACCUAUGUCGCAAGUCUAACCGCAUGGGCCUUGCGGAGCGUUCUCUUGCAUCCCUGGAGACAGUUGUGACUGAUGGAAAUGGCACACGAAUUGUUGCUCCUCCAGAAGUCACUUAUGCUCGGUUGAAAUUUAAUUGGGCUACUGGUCACCAACGCGAGUCUUUACAGCUCUUGAAGGAAUUCACUACAAGCCUGACCGAGGACUUUACAAAAUUCAAUGCAAUUGUGGCAUCGCACCAGGAUCACAGUGGAAUGAAUGGAGUGAACGGAAUUGCAGAACCCAAUCAUGCGGAGAUCAUGAGCUUGCGCGAACGGAUUGGCGAUGUGGACAAGUUUAGAAAGCUUCUCUCGAAGAGCUAUCUCAAGCUGGGAGAAUGGCAAACUGCACUUCAGAGAACAGACUGGCGUCCAGAACACGUCCGUGAUGUCCUAAGUGCAUAUGCAGCUGCUACGCAGUAUAAUCGCGACUCAUACAAAGCGUGGCAUGCAUGGGCGCUUGCCAAUUUCGAAGUUGUGACGAUGAUUGCUGGCCAGACGAGCAGGGAUAAUUCCACGAGGGUCGUUGUUCCUGCACAUGUUGUGACUGAGCAUGUUAUUCCUGCUAUUCGGGGCUUCCUUCGAUCCAUCUCCUUGUCCUCGACAUCAUCAUUGCAGGAUACUUUGAGGCUGCUUACCCUGUGGUUCGCACAUGGUGGUGAUCACGAAGUCAAUAAUGUUGUUACUGAAGGAUUCUCGGCAGUCAACAUUGAUACUUGGCUCGCAGUCACUCCCCAGCUUAUAGCGCGUAUCAAUCAGCCUAACAUUCGAGUUAGGAAUUCUGUUCAUAGAUUGCUUGCUGAGGUCGGAAAGGCUCACCCUCAGGCCUUGGUGUAUCCGUUGACUGUGGCUAUGAAAUCGCAUGUGACUCGACGAUCUCAGUCUGCUAGUAGUAUUAUGGAAAGCAUGCGGCAACACAGUGCGAAACUUGUUGAGCAAGCAGACCUCGUGAGCAAUGAAUUGAUCCGGGUUGCGGUCCUAUGGCACGAGCUCUGGCACGAAGGCCUGGAAGAAGCAUCCCGGCUUUAUUUCGGCGACCACAAUGUGGAAGGGAUGUUUGCAACCCUCGCGCCGCUCCAUGAUAUGCUGGACAGGGGUGCUGAAACUCUACGUGAGAUAUCCUUUGCCCAAGCCUUUGGCCGUGAUCUUGCUGAAGCGAGACACUACUGCAUGCUGUAUCGCGAAACAGAAGAAAUUGGCGAUCUUAACCAGGCCUGGGAUCUCUAUUAUACAGUGUUCCGGAAGAUUAGUAGACAACUUCCACAGCUGUCUACACUGGAUCUUAAAUAUGUCUCACCAAGGUUGAAGGAUUGUGUGGAUCUGGAACUCGCUGUUCCGGGAACCUAUCAGAGCGGCAAGCCAGUGAUCAGAAUUAUCAGUUUUGAUCCCAUCCUACAUGUUCUUCAGACCAAAAAACGACCGCGGAGAAUGACACUGAAGGGUAGCGAUGGAAACUCCUACAUGCAUUUACUCAAGGGACACGAAGAUAUCAGGCAGGAUGAAAGAGUCAUGCAGCUCUUUGGCCUCGUGAAUACACUUCUCGACAAUGAUGGAGAAAGUUUCAAACGACAUCUGUUUGUGCAACGUUUCCCAGCCAUCCCACUGUCCCAGAGCUCUGGUCUUCUGGGGUGGGUAUCAAACAGUGACACUCUACAUGCGUUGAUCAAGGAAUACCGAGAAAGUCGUCGUAUUUUGCUGAAUAUUGAGCAUCGGAUUAUGCUCCAGAUGGCCCCAGACUAUGACAACCUUACUCUCAUGCAAAAGGUUGAGGUGUUCGGGUACGCCAUGGAUAAUACUACCGGGAAAGAUCUUUAUAGGGUCCUGUGGCUUAAGAGCAAGAACUCCGAGGCCUGGCUUGAGCGGCGGACGAACUAUACACGAUCUCUUGGUGUUAUGUCUAUGGUCGGCUAUAUCUUGGGUCUGGGUGAUCGCCAUCCCUCGAACCUUCUGCUGGAUCGGGUUACAGGCAAGGUAGUCCAUAUCGACUUUGGCGACUGUUUCGAAGUGGCUAUGCAUCGUGAGAAAUAUCCGGAACGGGUGCCGUUCCGGCUCACUCGUAUGUUAACUUUCGCUAUGGAGGUCAGCAACAUCGAAGGAAGCUACAGAAUAACGUGUGAAGCUGUCAUGCGUGUCCUUCGGGAGAAUAAGGAUUCUUUGAUGGCUGUGUUGGAAGCGUUCAUUCAUGAUCCGUUGAUCAACUGGCGUCUCGGAGUGCGUGAGUCCCCGGAUCGGACACCCUUCUCACCUGAACGCCGGCAGUCUAUUAUUGAGAAUGUCAACGGCGACCAUGGCGUGCAACCAAGCAAUUUCUCUCGCCAUCGCCGGCCGUCCAUCCUCGAAGGUGGCAUCCUUGAUGCCCAGGAGGGCGUUCCGAACGAGGCCCGUGAAGCCCAAAACGCCCGAGCCGUGCAAGUUCUCGCUCGAGUCAGGGAAAAGUUGACCGGACGGGACUUCAAGCCCAAUGAGGAGCUCAAUGUGAGCGACCAAGUUGACAAACUGCUCGCUCAAGCCACGAACGUUGAGAAUAUCUGCCAGCACUGGAUUGGGUGGUGUAGUUUCUGGUAG